CCCAACCAAUGGCAUCAGCCAUACAAAAACCACCUGGCUGAGGGGCGGAGCUUAACAUAUAUCUGUGUGUGUAUUAGGAGGUGAGGAAGAACAUGGUGCGUGCGUGUGAGUAAGAGACUGAUAGGCUGUUUAUGUGUGUGGACGUGUAGGUGUGUGUGUGAGUGUGUGUGGUGUGUGUGUGUGUGAGUGUGUGUGAGACCAUGUGGUACACACACCUGCUCUGGCGACCUCUGACCUUCGCCUUGGUUUCAUGGUUGCCAUGGUGGUACAUCUCCAUGGCGACGGCCGUGACCUUCCAGCCCACAGUGAACACUGCUCAGGGUCGUCUGCGCGGGAUGCGUGUUGCGGUGGCGACAGAAGGACUUCGCCCCGUGGACCAGUAUCUGGGCGUGCCUUUUGCAGCCCCGCCCACUGGAGUGAGGAGGUUUGCCGUCCCAGAACCCCCCGCGGCAUGGGGAGGCGUGCGUAAUGCCACGCGGUUUGCUCCGGUGUGUCCUCAGAGCGCCCGCGGCAACGUGCAUGACAUCACCGCACCCGUGUGGGCGACCUUUAACCUUGACACCAUGGCAACGUACCUGCAGGAGCAGAGCGAAGACUGUCUCUACCUCAACCUGUAUGUCCCCACAAGGGAGCGGAGUGGGCCAAAGAGGACGGGCGAGGAGGCGGAGGAUGACGUGUUGCGUGAUGCACGUGAGGACCCGUGGCCUGUAAUGUUGUUUAUUCACGGCGGCUCGUAUAUGGACGGAACAGGAAACAUCAUGGAUGGCAGUGUGUUAGCAAGCUACGGAAAUGUCAUCGUCAUCACACUUAACUACAGGAUAGGAGUGUUGGGAUUCCUGAGCACUGGUGAUCAGGCUGCUAAAGGAAAUUAUGGGUUGUUGGAUCAGAUUCAGGCCUUGCGUUGGAUCAGUAAGAAUAUUGGAUAUUUUGGAGGAGAUCCGGGUCGGGUCACCGUGUUUGGAUCCGGAAUUGGAGCAUCUUGUGUCAGUUUGCUGACUCUGUCUCAUCACUCAGAAGGACUGUUCCACAGGGCGAUUAUUCAGAGUGGAUCUGCGUUGUCCAGUUGGUCAGUGAAUUACCAGCCGGUGAAAUACACACGCAUGUUGGCCGAGCGAGUGGGCUGUAACGUGCUCGACACACAUGACUUGGUGCUGUGUAUGCAGAAGCGGAGUUACAGGGAGCUGGUGGAGCAGGACAUCCAGCCUGCACGCUUCCACGUCGCCUUCGGGCCGGUGAUCGACGGUGACCUCAUCCCUGAUGACCCGGAAGUGUUAAUGGAGCAGGGCGAGUUCCUCAACUACGACAUCAUGCUGGGUGUCAACCAAGGAGAGGGACUUCGCUUUGUAGAGGGAGUGGUUGAGCCAGAGGAGGGCGGGGUUUCCGGAUCCGAUUUUGACUUCGCUGUUUCCGACUUCGUGGACGGUCUCUAUGGUUACCCGGAAGGCAAGGACACACUGCGCGAGACGAUAAAGUUCAUGUACACGGACUGGGCGGAUCGCGACAACCCCGAAACGCGACGCAAAACGCUCGUCGCCAUGUUUACGGAUCACCAGUGGGUGGAGCCUGCUAUGGUCACGGCUGAUUUGCACGCACGUUACGGGUCUCCGACGUUCUUCUACGCGUUUUAUCACCACUGCCAGAGUCCGAUGAAGCCGGCGUGGGCCGACUCCGCCCAUGGAGACGAGAUUCCUUACGUCUUUGGAAUUCCGCUCGUCGGACCCACCGAACUUUUCCCUUGCAAUUUUUCACGCAAUGACAUCAUGCUGAGUGCCGUAGUGAUGACGUAUUGGACCAACUUCGCCAAGACUGGAGACCCGAAUAAACCCAUCCCUCAGGACACGAAGUUCAUCCACACAAAAGCGAACCGGUUUGAGGAGGUGUCGUGGUCGAAGUACAGUCCUGAGGAUCAGCUCUACCUGCACAUCGGCCUCAAACCGCGAGUACGAGAUCAUUACCGCGCCACUAAAGUCGCUUUCUGGAAGCACCUGGUUCCUCACCUGUACAACCUAAACGACAUGUUCCACUACACCUCCACCACCACCACACGGGCCCCACCCCCACCUGCACAGGCCACUCCUACCGGACCACGCCCCCCCAGACGCCCCGGCCCACUGGUCAUCGCUAAUCCUCGCGACUACUCCACCGAGCUCAGCGUCACCAUCGCCGUUGGUGCGUCGCUGCUUUUCCUCAACGUCCUGGCAUUCGCCGCACUCUAUUACCGCAAAGAUAAACGCAGCCGACAGGCCACACCUCCUCCACGUCAGCCGACACCCCCCCGUCACCAGUCUGUGCCCGUGUCCUGCGAGAAAGAUGCAAGAUCAUCCCCGAGGGAUUACACUCUCACGCUGCGUCGCUCUCCGGACGACGUCCCGCUCAUGUCACCCGACUCGGUCGCCAUGACGCCCAACAGCGUGACCAUGAGUCCGGACUCUGUUUCCAUGACACCCAGCUCUCUGAUGGGCUUUCCCAGCAUGCACCCCUACAACACCUUUACACACGGAUACAACAACGCCGGCCUGCCGCACACACACUCCACAACCAGAGUAUAACAACACACACUAGAACUGGUUCAAACCCAUUUCAGCUUAACACACAUACACACACACACUCACACACACACACACACACACACACACACACACACACACCUGUUUAUGGUUUAACCAGUUCAAACCACCUAGGUACAAAUUCAUCUAAAUUGUUGAAAAAUAAAAUGUUUAAAUGUACAAAACAACUUAAGUGCCAAGAUGGAGGAUAAACGCAUCACUGAACCGUGACAUCAGCAUAGAUUAGCCGUAGACACGCUUUCUUACAUCAUAUUACUUAUUUAUCGUGUGUUCACACUCAGUGUGGUGCAGAGUAUACACACAGUAUCUUAUGGAAUGUUUUUGUCUACAUUUUAUACAUAUUUACAUAUUUACAAUUAUUCUAAUUAUGCUAAGCUACUUAAUUAGUUAUACUUCUCUAAAAACACAAUUUUUCUACCAAUGUUGCUAACAAAGCUAGCUAGCACUCUUAUUGACCUGUUCUUUAGACCUUCUUUUUGGUCUUGGCGAUGCUUAUUAAUUUGUAAUUAGCAGUGGGUGUGGGAGAGCGCCCCCUGUAGGUUAACGUGCUGUUAAAACCACUUUUCCGUUCACAUGCAUUACAUUAUAUUUACAAUUACUCUCGCUAAACUGUCUGUUACGCUUUCCAAAAACAUUCUUAGCAAAGUUGCAGACAGGGUUAGCUAACUAACCUUUAUUUACUUACACUCUUAUACUUAGUCAUUGUUUUCCAAAACAUUUGGCUUCAACUGGUCUUCAUACGAUCCUCUGUGGGUUAGCAGUAACACCGGGAGAGCGCCCCCUGCAGGUUCUAUACUUCAAACUGCCAGAAUAAACCCAGAGUGAGCCGACAUCCACCAACAAGAACCGACACCUCGCUGAUAUGUUCUACCUGUGUGUGAUUGUAAGAAAGUUUUUAUAAUAUUAAUUUAACUUGGCAGUUCUUUUGCUAAACAUUAAGUACACUGAUAACGGAGUAUUGGUGUUGGCGUUGAAUGGUGGGGUGUUUGGAGGAGGUUGCUUCUUGUCAGAGCUUUAUUGCUGUUAUCUUCACUUAAAAAAAGAAGCGUCCAUUUGGUGGUGUUGUAAUGGAGAAUGUCGGUGUGUGAUGGAGAAUGUCGGUGUGUGAUGGAGAAUGUCGGUGUGUGUGAUGGUGAAUGUCGGUGUGUGUGAUGGUGAAUGUCGGUGUGUGUGAUGGUGAAUGUCGGUGUGUGAUGGAGAAUGUUGGUGUUUUAAUGGAGAAUGUUG